GGCAGUCGAAUUGAAAGAGGAAAUGCAUGACGAACUCCUGGCUGUCACCACGCCCUAAUGGUGUUUACUGUACCUACUGGAAUAUGACCCCCAAAAAACAUCAGCCAUUUGAUACUUUCACAGCCGAACUGUAAUCAGAGAGUUGAGAAUUGGUUCAAGAAGGAACUCAACAAGGCCUUUGUGGAUGGGGCGACCUGACUUCAGUUCAUUAGUGUUGUAAUUAAUACAUGAUGAAACAGGAUACUAUAGCAAGUGAUAAACUAACACUAGUAUUACUAGUGGUGAGUCUUGGUGUUCUACUUAUGUCAGACACGGUGACAUCGUUAAAUACAGAGGGUGACGUGAGGUUACAAGGAGUGGACAACAGCGCCCUCCAGGGCCGUUUGGAGGUCUAUCAUGAGGGGGCAUGGGUCUCAGUAUGUGACCCAUCGUGGGAUAUAAGGAAAGGUGAUGUUGUAUGCAGACAACUGGGUUUUUCUGGCGGUGCGAUGUCGACGGACACCAAGGCCGUCUUCGGUCAGGGGUCAUCGACGUCAUCGCUGACCGAUGUCACGUGUUCAGGCAACGAGAACAGCUUAACGGAAUGUAUGGAUUUAACGUACGGAACGAACAUGUGUUCUCACGGAACCGACGUCGGGGUCAGGUGCACGUACCCAAUGUACGAAGGGUGCUACGUGUCGUCAGUCGCUGGCCCUCUUGUGGACAAUUCAAUUGAAUCACAACUAAUGACGAUCUCCCUGUGCCUGAAGCUCUGUCGUGAAUAUAGCAAAAAUUUCGCCGGCGUCCAAGGAGCAAAGUGUACGUGUGGCGAUGAUAUAUCGAGCGGUACCAAGCAGGGAAACUCCGGUUGCCACACUGUGUGCCCGGCAGAUGCGAGCGAAGCAUGUGGAGGGACAGCAACGGUGUCUAUCUACAGAACUGGCUCUUUCUACCGCAACGCCGCCAACACCGGUGGUUUCAUGACAUCCGCGAACUUCCCGGAUCCUUAUUUGGCGAGUGAUGCCUUCACCAUGAACGUUCCCAUCCCGUCAGAGUUCAACUUCGCUGUGGUCUCAUUCGCAUACUUCAAGAUUGCUGCUGAGGACCGUGUCGUCCUCAAGACGCCAGGGGGGACUCCGAGGAGCAUUGCGGGGACAACUGGUGGCGCCGUGCCGGCCUUCUGGAACUCUGAACAGGCUGCCAGUUUCACUGUCGAGUUCGUAGUCGGCUCUACCACCGGAGAUACGGGCUUCGUUAUGCAAUACACAUUCGGGCUUCAGUGCUCCGCCAGUGACCUUCCGGCCUCUAUAGUUUAUGGCCAAUUCGCAGCUUCACAAACGUCUUAUUUCUACAAUGAUGAAGUGGUAGUUAACUGUAACUUCGGUUACCAGCGAGAUAAGGAGAGCUUCGUAUGCCAGACUGAUGGCACCUGGUCCGCAGCGCCGGUCUGUUCUUUAAUCCCUACGACCGUUCCACCUACGACCGUUCCACCUACGACCGAGGCAUCUUUGGCAACAGGCCUAACCACACCGGCUGGGACUGGAGGUGUACCAACGGGCGCCGGAUCCACACCAAUCGAACCGGUUCCCUGCCCCAUACCAGCCAUACAAAACGGUACGGUUGACUCACAGGGUCUUACACAGCUCACGGUGGGCCAGACUAUUACUGUGACGUGUGACGACACAUUUGAAGCUGCGGGUGGCACAACAGAGGCAAUGUGCAUAGCCGAUGGAUCAUACGAUAAUGACUUGGUCUGUUCACCAAAGAAUAACGUACCAAUUUGGCUCAUAUCUGUCAUUGUAGUCGCAGCUGUUUUGGCCAUUAUUGUAAUUGUUCUAAUCAUACUGGUGGCUCUGGUCAGCAUGGAACCCAAUCAACCAGCCAGCCGAGGCAGAAGGCCCCAUCCAUCUUCUGAGGCAUACGGGAAUGGCGUGAGUAACGGGGACGGGGGAGCGGACCGUCUCGUGGCCAUCGCCCCGUCCGUCAUGCAGGGACAAUCCCCAAGAAGCAGUCUCAACUCGCGCUACGGUCUCGGAGCAGUCAACCAAGGUGCUCAAAUCGAAGACGACCCAGCCGUAGCGGAGCUCACUGAUCCCAUGGCCGGGGACAACGACAUUUAUCACCCUACGAGAGAUUACCCAGGUGCAGGUGCAAAGCGUCCUGGCUCGCAGCCCGUCCGACCACCACCGGCUCCUUUAUCCCCACCACACCUCCAACCAAUGCCUCCACAACGCCAAGUCUCCAUGGAAUACAGACCUAAUGGUGACUUCAGUAUGCUGGCCAACGACGAACUACUUGCUGUAGGAGCUUUAGACAGCGUAGUGCAGGAUUUCGAGCGGGAUCAGGCGUACUUUCUUGGCCCGACCAGCCCAGGAAUGUACGGUAUGGACCGAGGAAGUCGUUACGGCUUAAGGCAAAUCCAGUUCUCACAGCGUUCUCGACUCAACAACUUCUAUGGCUUGUAUUAACCUGAAAAUUCGGUACAAUUUCUUUUGACUGAACCAAAGCUUAAGUAAAACUGCGUUUGCAAGACAAUGCUUAUGUUAUAAUAGAUAUAUAUUUGCAUCAGGGUAAAGAAUAUUAAUAUUGGUUUCACCGAUGCACUGUAUACUCAGUAUAAAUAACAGGCAUUUAUUACUUGGGUUUAUGUUAUUAUAAACAUGUACGUAUUGCAAUAGUGAUGCUUUUAGUUUUAGCAAGUACUAGCAGUCAGGCCUGCUCAAUUAUUUCCUUCCUGUCCUUCAACUCUGUGGACCCCGGUUCGAUUCCUACGGUGGGUCUUCAGAAGUCCCUACCUGACUGAUAUGUUUCCCCUUACAGGUUUUUCUUUCACUUCUUAAGCUCUCAUUCUAUAUUAAAUCGUUUGUAUUUUUGUAUUCUUUUUGUCUAUAUUCUUGUUGGAGACUUACAGGGUGACUUCUUAACAAAAUAGUUUUGAGUCACAAAGCAUGAAUGCUUUGUCAAAUUCUUCAACAUAAACACUGAAAUAGUACAUUGCAAUGAUUAGUUUUAAAAAGCAGAAUUGAAAU